AUGAAAACAAGUUCUCAAAGCUUUGCAUAUAACUUGGAGCCUGUACCUGAAAAAUUAUACAGAAGGGUGUUUAGAACAAUGUCGACAACAGAUUCAUACGGGUCGUUCUCCAAUUUACUUUUACCAAUUUAUUCAGAUUAUAAUAAAUGGCUAAAAUCGUUUUAUUCAAGUAAAAUAAACGAUUUUUUAGAUUUUAAGUCUACAUCUCACAUCUUGACUCCACAAUCAGAGGACAUAGUGGACGCAGAUGACAUAAUAUUUGAGCCGUGUUUGCUGGAUUGCCACACGGAGGAAGGGUUCGUUACUGCGGCAACACACCUGAUCCUGCACAUGAUAAGAACGAAGCAGGCAAGGUCGCCGACGAGCGUAGUGACAAUAGGCCUGUCAGGAGGCUCAAGCCCAAUGGAGAUAUACAGGUUCCUAGGUGGUCUUAGGGACCUGGACAUAGACUUCAACAGGAUAAUCCUGUUCAUGGUGGACGAGAGGUACGUGGAGUCGGACGAUGAAAUGUCAAACGUGAGGCUGAUAAGGAACACGCUGCUUAAGGGAUGGCCAAUUCCGGAGUCAAACCUGAUAUUCCCAGACACGUCACUGCCACUGGAAGAGUGCGUGAGGAAGUACGAGGAGGACCUGGAGAAGGUGUUCGGAGUGGUGAACGUUAACAGAAUCCAGAACUUGUUUUACAGAGAGGGCCUGGACAACGACCAGGGCUUCGGCGUGGACAGCUCGUACUUCGUGAGUCAAGAGCCGGCGAGCCUGGAGUCGCUGAAGGACGCACUGGACUCGAACAUGUUCAAGCCGAUGUACCCAGUGGUGCCGGACCUGGUGACACUGGGCAUAGGAGAGGACUUCCACAUAGCGGGCCUCUUCCCAGAGUACCUCUCGACGCUGGACUCGUCGUACGUGACGGACUCAGUGCACAGAGUCAUGGCGACGUACACGGAGACGAACGUGGUGAGAGAAAGAAUCACAUGCUCCCUGCCAUUCCUCUCGUGCGCGAAGAGUAAGCUCUUCUUCCUGAAGGGCGAGCGCAAGAAGAAGAUAUGGAACACGAUGCUGCAGUACAGGCACUACGACCCGAUAAGGUUCCCAGCGACGCAGAUAUUCACGAAACCAGGCUGCAUAGCAGUGCUGGACUCGUCGACGAUAAGGAAGGUGCGCCUGAAGAUACCGAUGGAGCAGAGCGACUACCUGACGUUUCUGCUGUUCGGGAGCGGCGGGGACCUCGCGAGGAAGAAGAUAUACCCGGCGCUCUUCCACCUUUUCUACCUGGGCUUCCUGCCGAACAGGUUCCACAUCCUGGCAAUAUCGAGGACGGACCUGGACUUCGACGACUUCUUCUCCACGAUUUCGAACGACAUCUUCGACUCGAUCACCACGAACAUAUUCAUGAGGAACCCGGCGGCGAGGUUUGACUUCCCGACGGUGAUAUCGGAGUUCAAGAACAAGUGCAGCAGAAUGACUCUGCAAUACGACGGGGACAACUUGUUGGAGAAGUUCUCGGAAAGGCUGCACUCGAUAGAGUCGGGCUCACAGACGUCACACAGAAUGGUGUACCUGGCGACGCCGUCGGAGGCGUACCAGAACAUCCUGAAGAUCGUGACGUCCUGCUGCAAGCCGAAGAACGGAUGGUUCAGAGUGAUGCUGGAAAAGCCCUUCGGAAGAGACCUGGACUCGUGCAUCGAAAUAGAUAAGUUCCUGAGCAAGCACGUGAGCCCGGAUGAGACAUUCCUGGUGGACCACUACCUGGGGAAGCCGAUGAUCAGCUGCAUCAUCUCCUCGAAGCUCUCAAUAAGGUACGGGCCGCUCUUCAACAACAACUACGUGAAGAGCGUGCACAUCACGCUGAAGGAGGAGAUCGGCUCCAUGGGAAGAAGCUACUUCGAGUCGUACGGAAUCAUAAGAGACAUGAUACAGAACCACGGAAUGCAGCUGCUAUCACUUAUCGCAAUGAAGGCGCAUCACAGAAAGUCGAUAUCACAGGACAAGUACGAUGUGCUCAAGUCAAUCAAGACGGCGGAGCUGAAGGACGUAGUAAUAGGACAGUACACAGCCUCCGAGGCAGGAUGCGCGUACCGCGAGGAGAACAACGUGGCGCCGGACUCGCUCUGCCCAACCUACUGCACCAUGGUAUUCUGGAUCGACAACGACGACUGGCGAGGAGUGCCCUUCGUGGUGACCUCGGGCAAGGGGCUGGACGAAAAGUCGGUGGAACUGAGGCUCAACCUCAAGAACAACCUGCCGGAGGAGAUCUGCAGGGACUUCGUGCCCUCGCAGCUCGUCUACAGAAUACACCCGCGGCCCUCGGUAUUCUGGGUGAAGGACCUGAAGGAGAUCAACGUGGGCGAGGUGCGCGACGGCAUGACCUCGGACCUGGAGAGCGACAACGGCAUGAAGCCGGCGCAGCGCAUCCUGGUCGACGUCGAGUCCUCGGCGGCAAAGAGGUCGAUCGAGGGCGCCUACGAGCUGCUCUUCUACUACGCAUUCUCGAACAAGCGCGAGAUCUUCCCGACGAUCCACCAGGUGAACGAGGCGUGGCGCGUGCUCACGCCGGUGCUGAACGAGAUAACGGAGAAGAAGCUGGUGCCCUUUUUCUACCCGCGUGGCUCCGCGGGUCCGAAGGAGGCUGAGUCGCUGCUGUCCCUGCUCUGA